GAUCUACAAGAAGUGCUGUUAGAAAGUGGAAAUAACACCAAAAUAGUAAGAGAACAAAGCACAUUUGUUGUCAUUAUUAGAGGUGGAUUCGUCUGUGAACUCUACGCUAAGUUCUAGUAUGGAGGAGGUAACAAGGCUGGUGUCAUCAGGUGACUGCCUGAAGAUCUGGGAUUCCACCUCCAUGAGUGUGGUGGAGCAGUUUAACCCUCACAGUGCCAGCCACCCUCUGGCACAAGUGUGCUGGAGCAGCAGCAAUCAGUACAUUGUCAGUGCCAGCAGUAUAGGUGACAAGCUGGUAGUCACCAGCUUGAAAUCCUCACCCGUGCCAGUGAUGGAGCUUGCAGAGGGGAAAAAACAAACACGAGUGGCUCUAAACUCAACAUCACAGUUUCUUGUCAGUGGGGGACUGGAUAACACCGUUAACAUCUGGGAUCUAAAGACUAAGAGAUUGCAUCGGAGUCUGAAGGACCAUAAGGAGGAAGUGACGUGUGUAUCUUUCAACAGUGGUGAUAGUUACAUAGCAUCUGGUUCUACCAGUGGGGACAUCAUUCUCCACAGCAUUACCACCAAUCUUUCUAGUAAAGCGUUUGGCCAUGGGCCCAAUGAGCCUAUCCAUGACCUGAGGUACUCAGUGAUUAAGCGCUCUUUGUUGGGAAGUGUGUCGGACAGUGGCUCCAUGGUGCUGUGGGAUGCAAAUACACAGAAGGAGCUGCACAAGUUCGAGGGAGCACACAAAGCUCCUGCUUCAGGCCUCGCCUUCUCCCCAGCCAAUGACCUGCUUUUCAUUACAGUUGGUUUGGAUAAGAAGAUCGUCUGCUAUGACACCUCCAGCAAAAUCAUUUUCCGAAGUAAGCAGGUUGAGUCUCCUCUCACAGCAGUAGAUUUCACUCCAGAUGGAGCAGGCCUGGUAGUGGGCUCCACUCAGGGUCGAAUCUACAUGUAUGACCUGCGUAAUCUAAGCUCUCCACUCAAAACCACCACAGCUCACAAGACUUCAGUUACUUGCAUCCGCUUCCAGAACUCCAGCACCAGAUUGAAGACUAGUAAAACAACAGGUGGUAGGACUUCCUCCUCACAGUCCAACCAUAGAGUCUCUGUGAAGCUUGGGCAGAAUCUGCCAAACGGGCCUCCUACACCCACUUUGUCAGCUCCCUCAGGCCAUGUACUGUCUGAAAAUCAGCCUGCAGGACGAGCAGAUGGACAGACUCACAACCUGGGAAGUGGCGGAGGUCCUGAGGUGCUGUCCAGGGAGGCUGAAGGCCAGCCGAGCCUUGAUAAGUUCAGCAGUGUUGGACGAAACAGCCUUAGCCUGGACAUCUUCUCACCUGUUACUGAUGGUUUCAAAUCACAUGGUUUUAGUAGUGAUACACCAACUUCAAGAAAUGGAAGCAGCGCUGAUGUGUUCUUUCGAGAAGCUGAGGGUCAACACAGCUCAGACAAAUUUAGGAUGGGCCGAAACAGCCUUGACAUUUUCUCUCCUGUCCGAGAUGAUUACAAAAGUCAUAGACUCAGCGAUGCCUCAAGUGGAAAGAAAGAGUUAGAUUUCUUACCUCAGCACGGCUCAGCCCAGCGCAAGAAUCCAUUGGGCACACCUGGUACUCGCUGCUAUAGUCCUCUGUCUGCUGUCCACACACCACCUGCAAUCAAAGAGGAAGAAUCAAUACCUGCAUCACCUGCACAUACAGACAUGCAGAACAACAUGGUGGAGAAGACUAAUGGUCUCGGGCAGGAUGAAUUGAUACCCCCUACUUCUCAGACUCCACGCAUCCAAUCAGUUCAUCCGUUUAACUCACCCGAGCCCAGUCAUGGGAGAGAUGUGCCAGCCAAGCUUACCUAUGAUUCACCAGCAAGCAGCAGCCAGCCCACGGCUGAACCAGCUCAAGCAGCGGCGGCAGCAGCUUCUGGUGCAGUCAACAGUGAAAUUCCUCUCACUUCUGUGCAGAUGAAUUUUGUACGCAAUAUGAUCCACGAAGCACUUGAGGACUUUAGGGACACAUCCCAUAGAGACAUCAUAAAUCUUCAAGUGGAAAUGGUGAAGCAGUUCUAUAUUCAACUGAAUGAGAUCCACGGGCUGAUUGAGCGGUACUCUGUGAACGACUCUUUGGUGGAGGAGAUAGAGAAGCUGAAGGAGGAAAACCGUCGACUCAGAGCCAAUUACUGAAAAUCACCAGGCUGCCUCUCUUACAUAUAGAGUUAUUGUGUCUUUGUGCUCAAAACGAGGCCCAGGCCAGAAAGCCUGAAAAGCAGUACAGCACUGACCUGAGUAAGAAAUGGUGGGAAGAACGUCUCACUGUUCUGCAGGUGUACACUCAGGAGCACUGUAUCAUGCUCUUUAGCAAUGCAUAUUUUUAAGGCUGCAGUGGGUUUUAUCUACCAUUUCUGUGCCUUCAAAAAGAGAGAACAUGGUUUUGCGUGUCUCAGAGUUUUACAAUCAAUAAUAGAUUUGUAUUGAAAUACUAUGAUAUAUAUAGGAUUUACGUGUUUAAAGGCUGUGGUGAUAAAAAAUGAAACUAGUAUUUUCAGAUAUGUUGCGUCUGAUAUGAGUGUUUUUGUUUUUGUAUGUAUUUGUAAUGCAAUCUAUUGUAAGAUUGUUACAUGUUUCAGAUAUGAGACAGCAGCAAUCUACUGUAAAUGACAAAAAUGAAUUUAUAACUACAAUGCGAAUCCAUUUUAUAGCCAUUAAGCAAUUUCAAACCUAAAUAAAUUAUUGCAUUAAACCUGUACUGGAUAUGAAGUGAUAAAGACCCUGUGUGAAAUGCUAUGGCAUGUCAGAAGUGAUAUUUCAUUUACCUAUUUUACAACAGAAGCAUUUGUGAUGAGAACAUAUA